AUGGCAGUUUCUCUGGAGUGCCGAAACAUCUCCGAUUUUGCUCCAGAUCUUCAAGCAAGAUCGCAGCUGGCCAGUCGCAAGCAAAUGGAGGCGGAGAACGACUCUACUGUGGUCAAUGAUUUUGUCCUCUUAGGAUUUCGAGUAAGCCAAGAUUUAAGAAUUUUCCUGUUCUGUCUAUUCCUUCUGGUUUACUGUGGGACAAUAUGUGGGAAUCUCCUGAUCAUCAUGCUGGUGUCCACCAGCAAGAACCUCCACACCCCAAUGUACUUCUUCAUCUCACAGCUGUCCAUCAGUGACAUCUUAUUACCCACAUACAUUGUACCCAACAUGCUUUACAUUCUACUGAAUAAUGGGGGGACCAUUACUUUUAAUAACUGUAUCACUCAAUUAUAUUUCUUUUGUUCCUUGGAAUCCUAUGAAUGUGUUCUCCUUGCUGUGAUGUCUUAUGAUAGAUAUGUGGCUAUUUGUAACCCCCUCCGCUAUACCUCUAUUAUGACAAGUACAUAUUGUGUGAAAUUGACCAUCACCUCUUGGUUGCUUGGAUUUUCUGUUGUUUUGAUUUACACUAUAACGACGGCAAAGCUAAAUUUUUGUGGAAAAAAUAUCAUUGACCAUUUAUUCUGUGAUCUUUUUCCCUUACUAGAACUUGCCUGUUCUGACACCUUCAUUGCUCACUUGGAGAUUUAUAUGAUAGGUUUUCCGAUUGUCUUCAUUCCAACCACAAUCAUUGUAGUGUCUUACACUAAUAUUGUAUUAGCAAUCUUAAGGAUCCCAUCCAAUACUGGUAGACAGAAAGCCUUCUCCACCUGUAGCUCCCACCUCAUUGUGGUCUCCAUAUUCUACUGGACUCUGUUUGGUGUUUAUGUUGUUCCUACAAAUGGUCUAACACUCUCCACAAGUAAAGUCUUAUCACUGUUAUAUACUGUUUUUACUCCUUUGGUCAAUCCCAUUAUAUACAGUCUGAGAAAUAAAGAUAUUUGGAAAGCUGCACAGGAAAUAGUUAAUAAACAUGGGAUUUUGUAA